CUCUCCGCCCUCCGCAGAGCUACGGACCCAAGAUGGCCGCCGUGUCAGUUUGGGUCUUCGCUGCCGUCCGGUCUCGGGCGCCUGGGCUCCGCCUCUCGUAGGCCCCGGUGCACGGUUCACCUGUCAAAUUGGGAGUAUAAAGCAGUGGAGUGAAAUGUACUGAAAUCUUUUUACCUGUGUGAUACAUUUUUUCAUCGGUUGUUGGGGGGAGGGUAUUGGAAAACAUGAACCAGGAAUAGGAAAUACUCAUGUUUGAAAAAAGAAGAGCAACUUGGGGUCAAAAACGUGUAUGCUAUGAUUAACUGGUCCUCAUUCUCCGAUCAUCUGUUUUCCCAUUGUGUGGAACUCCUUCAGCAUAGGGAUAAGGGAUAACGACUCUAUGGAUAUAAAGAAUUUUUCACCAUGGUAAAACUCGCUAACCCGCUGUACACUGAGUGGAUUUUGGAGGCAAUUAAAAAGGUCAAGAAGCAAAAACAGCGGCCAUCAGAAGAGAGGAUAUGCAAUGCGGUGUCUUCAUCCCAUGGUUUGGAUCGCAAAACUGUUCUGGAGCAGUUGGAACUGAGCGUUAAAGAUGGAACUAUUUUAAAAGUUUCCAAUAAAGGACUUAAUUCCUAUAAGGAUCCAGAUAACCCUGGGCGAAUAGCACUUCCUAAACCACGGAACCAUGGAAAGUUGGAUGGUAAACCAAAUGUGGACUGGAAUAAACUGAUCAAACGGGCCAUUGAGGGCUUGGCAGAAUCCACCGGCUCAUCCCUGAAGAACAUUGAACGUUACUUGAAAGGGCAGAAGGAUGUGUCAGCGCUGUUUGCCAGCAGUGCCCCUUCCAUCUUUCACCAGCAGUUGCGGUUGGCUGUUAAGCGUGCUGUUGGCCAUGGCCGGCUCCUUAAAGAUGGACCUUUGUAUCAACUCAACACUAAAGCAGCCACAAACGCAGAUGGGAAAGAGAGCUGUGAGUCUCUUUCUUGUCUUCCUCCAGUAUCCCUCCUUCCACAUGAAAAAGAUAAGCCAGUUGCUGAACCAAUCCCAAUCUGCAGUUUCUGCCUUGGUACAAAAGAACAAAACCGAGAAAAGAAACCCGAGGAGCUCAUUUCUUGUGCUGAUUGCGGCAAUAGUGGUCACCCAUCCUGCUUGAAGUUCUCCCCAGAAUUAACAGUUCGGGUGAAGGCCUUGCGAUGGCAGUGCAUCGAGUGCAAGACAUGCAGUUCCUGUCGAGACCAGGGCAAGAAUGCUGAUAAUAUGCUAUUUUGUGACUCAUGUGAUCGGGGCUUUCAUAUGGAGUGUUGUGAUCCCCCUUUGACAAGGAUGCCAAAAGGCAUGUGGAUAUGUCAGAUAUGUCGGCCACGUAAAAAAGGAAGAAAACUACUCCAUAAAAAGGCAGCACAGAUUAAGCGGCGUUAUGCCAACCCAAUAGGACGUCCCAAAAACAGAUUAAAGAACCAAAAUGCAACAUCAAAAGCCCCCUUCAGCAAAGUCCAGACAGGACCCGGUCGGGGUCGUAAGCGUAAGACUCCCCUAUCCAGUCAGUCAACUUGCUCAUCAGAAGGGGGCUACUUGGAGCAAGUUGAUGGUCUGGAAUUCUGCGGAGAUGCCAGCAUCACCUUGAAGUUCAACAAGAAAACCAAAGGGCUUAUUGAUGGCCUUACCAAAUUCUUCACCCCGUCCCCUGAUGGGCGUAAAGCUCGAGGAGAAGUAGUGGACUACUCUCAGCAAUAUAGGAUCAGGAGAAAGGACAAUAGGAAAUCAAGCACUUCAGACUGGCCCACAGACAAUCAGGAUGGCUGGGAUGGAAAACAAGAAAAUGAAGAGUGGCUUCUAGGAGGCCCAGAUGUCAUGGUGGAGAAAGAUAUGGAGUUGUUCAGAGACAUUCAGGAGCAAGCAUUGCAGAAAGUAGGAGUGACAGGAGCCCCUGACCCCCAAGUCCGCUGCCCGUCCGUCAUUGAGUUUGGAAAAUAUGAAAUCCACACCUGGUAUUCUUCUCCAUACCCACAAGAAUAUUCCAGGUUGCCCAAGUUGUAUAUUUGUGAAUUCUGUCUCAAAUAUAUGAAAAGCAGAACUAUUCUCCAGCAGCACAUGAAGAAAUGCGGUUGGUUUCAUCCCCCAGCCAAUGAAAUUUACAGAAAGAGUAACGUUUCGGUUUUUGAGGUGGACGGCAAUGUCAGUACUAUUUACUGCCAGAACUUAUGUCUGUUGGCAAAACUCUUCCUGGACCAUAAGACUCUCUAUUAUGAUGUGGAGCCGUUUCUUUUUUACGUGCUGACGCAAAACGAUGUGAAGGGCUGCCACCUCGUUGGGUACUUCUCCAAGGAGAAGCACUGCCAGCAGAAGUACAAUGUCUCCUGCAUAAUGAUCCUUCCCCAGUACCAACGCAAGGGCUACGGCAGGUUCCUCAUUGACUUUAGCUAUCUCCUCUCUAAACGUGAAGGCCAGGCAGGAUCCCCAGAGAAGCCACUGUCUGAUUUGGGUCGUCUCUCCUACAUGGCGUACUGGAAAAGUGUAAUCUUGGAGUGCCUUUAUAACCAAAAUGACAAGCAGAUCAGCAUCAAGAAGUUAAGCAAACUGACCGGCAUCUGUCCUCAAGACAUCACUUCGACUCUGCAUCACCUGCGCAUGCUUGACUUUCGUAAUGAUCAAUUUGUGAUUGUUCGGCGGGAGAAACUUAUCCAAGACCACAUGGCAAAACUGAAACUGAACAUCCGGCCUGUAGUGGUGGACCCAGAAUGUCUGCGCUGGACUCCCGUCAUUGUCUCAAACGCGAUGGUUUCAGAGGACGAAGAUGAUGAUCCUGAAGAAGCAGAAAUUGAUGUCCCUCAGCAGCCUCGGGAGAGAGACAUUGAGGUGAUCAAGUGCGUCUCCUGGGAGAGGAAAGAGCGGGAGUCCUGCUUCCCGCGGGAAAGCGAGAAAAAGCCGGAGGGGCUUCCCGUCAACGCCCUGCGGGCUGGCAAGCAGAGCCUCCCCCUGAGCGGCCUCCCUGCCAACAGCCACACACCACGCAGGGGCCGGUGGAGCCGGAAGAACAAGAAGCUGCGGGAGCCCUGCGCCGAGAAGGACCCGAAACUCGUCCUGGAGGAGAAGUCGGCCAUGGCCCGGGGGGGCCGCUGUGGCGAAUGCCAAGAAAAGGCUGCAGCGGCUGCAGCGGCUGCAGCGGCCGCUGCCUCUCGGGGGAGAUUUGGGGAGAGCGAAGACAAGGCAGCUUCCUCCCAGGGACAGUGUGGCCAGUGUGAGGAAAAGGCCCCGACCCUGCGAGGGCACUUUGGGAGAGCAGAAGAGAAGGCCGCCUCCUCCCCGGGGCACUUUGGCAAGGGCGAGAAGCCCUCUGCCACCCAGCGGCGGUGCAGCGAAGGCCUGGAGGUGUGGAAGGGGCAGCUGAAAGCCCUGGAGCCCCUGAAGAGCCGGCUCUCCGAGCAGUGCGAGAGGAUAGCCCGGAGGCAUGGCAAGGGCGACCACGCGGCGCUGAGGCAUUUCAGCGAGAGCAGUGAAGAGGACGACGAGGAGCCGGCCAGCCCCUGCUCCAGCUCCCCGCCGGUCCUCACCAAGCCCACGCUGAAGCGGAAGAAGCCCAUUCCCCGGAAGAGACGUGUCCGUAAGCGAAAAUACCACAACAGCAGCGUGGUUACUGAAACGAUCUCGGAAACGACAGAGGUCCUGGACGAGCCAUUUGAGGACUCUGAUUCCGAGAGGCCCAUGCCUCAACUGGAGCCCACCUUUGAAAUGGAAGACGAGGAUGAAGACGAGGAAAGCGAAUUGUUCUCUCGAGGAUAUCUUCGCCGUCUCUCUCCACAGGAUUCCCUUAGGCAUAGGCCCUCCUUAAAAAGAGGAAAUCAAGAAGGAGAGGAAUCGGAUGAUACAGCUGGUAUGUUUCCUGAUUCUCCUACUUUGAAACCGGUUUCUAUGCUGAGAAAAUGUGAAGCGAUAGACUCUCCGCUCCAGCCUGGCACUUCCACCCCCAUGAAGAAGAAGAAGGGCUGGCCCAAGGGCAAGAGCCGCAAGCCCAUUCACUGGAAGAAAAGGCCUGGGCGCAAGCCAGGCUUUCAGCUGAGGAGGGGAAAGAUCCGAGCACCUGCUUCAGAGGAGACCACCGAUCUCAUGGAAGCCAGUUCCAAAUCAGGGCGUAAAACAAAAGUGCAGGAAAAGGAAGAGCUGGUGGAGCAGAAGGACGAGCUUCUGCCGAGUGCUGAAGAAAGGAAGGAUGAAGAUGGGCCUCCAGAAGCAGGUGAUUUGGGAGAAGAGGAGGAAGAUACGCCUGCUAGAGAAGUGAGAGCGGCAUCUCCUGUCGACAGCAGUAAUAGCCCAGGGACGGAAUCUAAAGAACCUGAACUGGAGGAAGAAGUAGACAAGCCUCGAGUCCUGGAAGAGCAGAGGCCAUCUGAAGAAGAGCAGCAGGAAGUUGAAGAGCCCGAGCAGGACCAGGAGGAGGAGGAGGAGGAGGUCGCAGCAGCAGCAGCAGCUAACCAGAACGAAGAUCAUGAUGCAGAUGAUGAAGAAGACGACGGCCACACGGAGUCCGUCAAAAAGAAUGAGCUGGAAGAGCAGGCGGAGAAGGAGGGACUGAAGGAAGAACCAGAGGCCCAGGAGCCUUUUUUAGAAACAAGCACACAGGACGGUAGAGAAGACGAUGCCAAGAAUAAGAGUGAAAGAGAGGCAGAUUCUGAGGAGGAUCAGGUAUCCCAUGAGACGUCCGUAGGGUCAGACCCAGUUCCUGGAUCUGAAGAUGACCAAGAGGAAGACCAGCACCCCAAGGAAGAGCUAAUGGAGCUUAAGGAAGAAGAGCCAAUCCCUCACAGCGAACUGGAUCUCGAGACUGUCCAAGCGGUGCAGUCCUUGACCCAGGAGGAAGAAAACCACGAGCACGACGUGGCUUACCAGGACUGUGAGGAGACCCUGGCUGCUUGCCAGAAUCUGCAGAGCUACACCCAGGCUGAAGAGGACCCGCCGAUGCCGAUGGUGGAAGACUGCCAGGCCUCGGAACACAACAGCCCCAUCUCCUCGGUCCAGUCUCACCCCGGCCAGUCCGUGCGCUCGGUCAGCAGCCCCAGCGUGCCCGGCGCCCUGGAGAGCAGCUACGCCCAGAUCAGCCCGGAGCAGGGCUCUCUUUCCGCACCUUCUAUGCAGAACAUGGAGACCAGCCCCAUGAUGGACGUGCCUUCGGUGUCGGACCACUCCCAGCAGGUGGUGGACAGUGGCUUCAGCGACCUCGGCAGCAUUGAGAGCACCACCGAGAACUACGAGAACCCCAGCAGCUACGACUCCACCAUGGGGAGCAGCAUCUGCGGCAACAACUCCUCGCAGAGCAGCUGCUCCUAUGGGGGGCUGUCCUCCUCCAGCAGCCUGACCCAGAGCAGCUGCGUCGUCACCCAGCAGAUCGCCAGCAUGGGCAGCAGCUGCAGCCUCAUGCCGCAAGGCAGCGUCCAGCCCGCCGCCAGCUGCAACAUCAAGUCUCCCCAGAGCUGCGUGGUUGAAAGGCCCCCAAGCAACCAGCAGCCGGCGGCGCAGCCCCCACAGCCCCAGCCCCAGCCGCCCCAGCCACCGCCUCCGGCGCAGCAGCAGCAGCCGCAGCAGCCGCAGCAGCCGCAGCAGCCGCCCCAGCAGCAGCCGCCCCUGUCGCAGUGCAGCAUGAACAACAGCUUCACCCCGGCGCCGAUGAUCAUGGAGAUCCCGGAGUCCGGCGGCACCGGCAACAUCAGCAUCUACGAGCGGCUCCCCAGCGACUUCGGGGCCGGCGGUUACUCCCAGCCCUCGGCCACGUUCAGCUUAGCCAAGUUGCAGCAGUUGACCAACACGAUUAUGGACCCCCACGCCAUGCCUUACAGCCAUUCUUCUGCUGUGACUUCCUAUGCAACCAGUGUGUCUUUGUCGAACACGGGCCUGGCUCAGCUGGCCCCGUCGCACCCCCUGGCCGGGGCGGCCCAAGCACAAGCCACCAUGACCCCCCCACCGAACCUGGCCCCCGCCGCCAUGAACCUCGCCUCGCCCCUCCUCCAGUGCAACAUGUCCUCCCCCAAUAUCGGCAUCCCCCACACCCAGCGGCUGCAGGGCCAGAUGCCGGUCAAGGGGCACAUCUCCAUCCGGUCGAAGUCUGCCCCCCUGCCCUCCGCGGCAGCCCACCAGCAGCAGCUCUACGGCCGCAGCCCGCCCGCCGUGGCCAUGCAGGCCGGUCCCCGGGCACUGGCUGUCCAGCGCGGCAUGAAUAUGGGGGUGAACCUGAUGCCCACGGCCCCGUACAACGUCAAUUCCAUGAACAUGAACACCCUGAACGCGAUGAACAGCUACCGGAUGCCCCAGCCCAUGAUGAAUAGCAGUUACCAUAGCAACCCUGCCUACAUGAACCAGACCGCCCAGUAUCCUAUGCAGAUGCAGAUGGGAAUGAUGGGGAGCCAGGCCUAUCCCCAGCAGCCUAUGCAGCCAAACCCCCAUGGGAACAUGAUGUACACGGGCCCUUCCCACCACAGCUACAUGAACGCUGCUGGGGUCCCCAAGCAAUCGCUCAACGGGCCCUACAUGAGGAGAUGAGCAGGACGCCCCCCGAAACCUCUCGCUCAAUCAAGGAACCUUUUAUACUGACAAAGCAGAGACAAUGGACCUUUUUCCAGUUAAAUAUUGCUGUAGAUCUUAGAUAGGGUUUUGUUCCCUUUUGGUUUAUUUUAUUUUAUUUUUUUAGGGGGCCUGGUCUUUAUUCUUUUCUUCUUUGGGGGGGGCAGGGGCAGGGUUGGUUCUCUUGUUUUUUGGGAUCUCGGUUUUUCCUUCCGCAAUCUGGAAACGCUUCACUGUUCAAAUCCAUUUUGGGAACUGGGCUUUGGGAUUCUUUUUCUCUUUCUUUUUUGUUGUGGGGGGGAGAGGGAUUGAAAACGUGCACACGACCUUCCCGUCGUUGAACAAAGAGCCUAACUUUGCCGAUUCCACCCGGGCAGAGUGUGUAAAACAGGCCUCUCGUUUUUAGACGCUAGAGCCUUUUUGUCCCCUUGACCCUUGUGCACAGCUCUUAAGAUGGCCCAACCUUGAGAGGUCAGAUCCUUCCCAUCUUUCUGUGUCCUCAACAGGCAGCUCUGUUGCAGGAACCGGGAGUGGUACACGGAGCCCACUUUCUUUGGUCAUUUCCCCCAGAUAUAGGAACUCUGAAUAGUUUAUAUUUUCUCUCUCUCUCUCUCUCUCUCCUUCUCUCUCUCUCCUUCUCUCUCUCUCUCUCUCUCUCUCUCUCUCUCUCCUUGGGUGAACUGAAAUAACGGUUUAAAUGUAACUAGAGUAAAGUGCACCCAUGGCAUAUAUCCAAGCAGGAGCUGCGUACUCUAGUCCAGCCGAGUCCAGCCAAAACGUGGGGUAGGAGAAACGGGGUUCUUGAGGCCUGGAGGUCAACCCAAAACCCAGUGGCUGGACUUUGCAUGGUGAAUCUGCCGGAGGAUUCAGUUCCUAGAGGCACUUGUGCAAGGCUGUCCCACCCCUGGAAGUUGGGAUGUACGUUGAAACGGCUGUCGCAAUAGCUUCACGUAGAUAUUUUUUAAAAUGUUUGCUGGCCUGGUGCUAGCGUGUGGGGAGAAAGCGCCAGAUGUAGGACUUCUUCGUCCCAGUACACACACCCCUUCCCGCCCCAUUUGCCUCCCUGGCAUCUUUGGAGAUCACCAGCUGGGGUUUUUCCACACUGCCUUGUAUGUGAGCAUGGGGGGGGAGGACCCCCACAUCGCAGUCCAUCAUACUGAACCAUGAAGGACGCAGGGCCUGCGGGCACACCAUCCGCCGGUUGCAAGGAGAAAAUGUAGCUUAUCCUUCUAAUGUAAAGUUUUCUCUGUAUAUUCCUGUAGAGCUACAGACGCACUUAGAUUGACUUAGAUGUGUAAAGAUUUUUUUUUUUUCAAAGAAACCUGAAAGGCAGUUUGGAGGGGCCACAGCUGCAUUCGAACGGACUUCCUCUGUACUCUUGAGUAUGGAAAGGCAGAAUCCCUUGGGCUUCCAGCCCUCGUUUUCUCUGAGUUCUUGAGCAUGUGUGCAAGGCUGUGUAGGACCCAGGACCCUGUAAAUAUCCACCGAUCCAGGCUCACUUCAUCUGUGUUGAAAGGUGACCCAGCCUGUCCCCUUCUUCCCAGGUCGUCUGCGCUGGCUUUGCUCCCUAGCUGCAGAUGGGUCGGGGGCUGGCUGGUUGGGGUGUCGAAAGCAAAGCUGUUGGCACGAGGGCCGUAAAAUUAUUAUAUAUAUAUUAUUUUUUCCGUCUGCUGUUGCCUUUUUUUUUUCUUCCCAGUUUUGGAUUUUUCUAUUUUUUUUUUAAAAUCAAUUGGGCAGCUCCCUUUUUUCCACAAAGCUUUGUGACUGUAGAGCUAUUGUAGAGAACCAAUGUUCUUUUCUAUAUUAUUAAAAAAAAAUAUCCAACACAGUAAUAUUGGUACCUGUCAUUUUUUUUUCCACUUCUGUUUAAGAAAAGAAAAUAAUAAUGUAUUUUUAGCAAAAUAAACUUGGGUAAUCUUCUAAAAGAAAUUUUAAAAAAAAACUCACUGUUAGUGACUUUGAUGCCUUUUAAAAAAAAAAAAAAGCUUUUUCAUUUCAUUCCAUCUUUAAAAUUUUUUAUCUUUGUUGUAGAAUAUUAAAGACUAUUUUAAGAAAGAUGAAAAUUCUCUUUAAAGAGAUCUCUAGAAUGUGUGACUAGAGCUCCAGAUGCCUCUAAAGCCGCAUGUACAAAAUGAAGCCGCGUCUAUUCCUGUCUGUUUAUAUUUGCUUUUCCUGUUUUGUAACUUCUUUGUACUUUGUUCUUGGUGACUUGUAAGCUUCAAAAGGGGAAGGGGUGCCUGGAUGAUAACCCUUUGUAAUUCUCCAUGUCAUGAGCUCCUGGGCCGGCCGGCCUCUCUUCCUCUCCUUGUAUGUAAUAUCACUUUUUCCCUCCCCCCUUUCUAGCAAGUACUUUCAAAAGAACUCUGUACAUUUUAACAUAAAAAAAAAUAAAUUAUGUUGAGCCAUU